AUGGAGAACCAAAACGCAUACAGAGGAAUAGCAUUGGAAUCCAUGCCACUCAAACUCUUAACAGGAAUCCCCAUCAAUAGGCUGACAGAGAAGCUUGAACCUGUUCUACCAGAGGAGCAGUUAGGUUUUAGGAAGGGACAGUCCACGAUCCUGGCAGUAGAAAAUAUGCUGGAACAAAUAAAACAUAUGACAGGAAGACCCAAAGGAAAACUAUAUAUGGUUUUUGUUGUCUACUCAAAAGCCUUUGACCUGGUCAACAGAAAGGUUUUAAUGGACAAACUGGAGGAACUAAUUGGAAGAACGAGUACAACAACCCUGAUAUCGAAUAUACUGGCAGAAAACCACAUACAGUUAGAAGAUGGAAUAGGCAUAUCUGAUUGGCUGCCACAGAUGAACAACAUCCUCCAAGGUGAUCCACUCAGCCCUAUCCUGUCACGCACGAUGUCACAAAAGGAAUGGUGGGAACAAGCACAUACAUAUAUGCUGAUGAUAUGGCCAUUGCAGUGA